CGUGGACGUGCCGACGGAUGUUGUUGUUGUAGCGGUCAUGCGCACAAGGGGGACAAACGCCGCGAGUUUCACGGUCGUCUAGUGAAUAAGGAUGGACAGAAGCGCUCCAAAGAUAGCUAUACUCGGAGCUGGAGUAGUUGGGCUCACAGUUGCUGAUAUUUUACAGAAUCACCUCAAUAAAGCCAAUAUAACCAUUAUAGCUGACAGAUUCAAAGAGGACACCACAAGCUCCGUUGCCGCUGGUAUUUUUAGACCGGGGACAAGUUUUAGAGGUGCUACAAGAGAAAUUACACAGAAAUGGGUAGACGACUCGUGGCUCUAUUGGCAAGAUAUAUUAAAAUCAGCUGAAUCUUCAAAUGCUGGAGUCAUGGCGUUGUCUAGUUAUAUAUUUUCCAAAGAAAACUAUCAUGUAACUAGAAAUCCUUUGAUUGAAAAUCUAGUUCCAAUUUAUAGACCAGUAGAGGAUGAGGAGUUGAAAAUUUGUGGUUCAGACUGGAAAUAUGGAUCAUAUUUUUCGACGGUAAAGACUGGAUGCGACAGAUAUUUGCCGUGGGUCGAAAAGAGAUUCAUUGCUAAAGGUGGCAAGAUUGUGAACCGAAAGAUCGACAGUUUCACGGAUACAUCACUACGCCAGUACGAUUUGGUUUUCAACUGCACCGGUUUGGGCGCGAAAUAUUUGUGUAACGAUUACGAUUUAGUUCCACUACGUGGCCAGAUUAUUAAAGUCAAGGCGCCGUGGUUGAAGACGGCGUUUUAUGGUGAUUACGACACUUAUAUCAUACCUGGCUUGGAUGGCGUAGCUACAUUAGGAGGGGUGAGGCAGUAUGAUAGUUAUAGUUUAGAAGUUUGCAAGCACGAUGCGGCGGCCAUUUGGGAACGGUGUUGCCAGCUGCUGCCAGCUUUAAGGAAAGCUGAAAUUGUUGCCCAUAAAGUAGGGUUGAGACCGCAUAGAGUGCCUGUUCGGGUGGAGCCUGAAUUAAUUGGCGGUCUGAAGGUAGUUCAUUGUUAUGGACACGGCGGAUAUGGAGUGAUGUGUGCUCCAGGGACGGCUCUACACGCCGUGAAGAUCGGACAAGAUAUUUUGAAAAGUAAUGUCAGAAAUAAAUUGUAAAACAAUUAUACUCUGGAUAAUUGUUUUACAUUAUUUAAGAAGAUUUUUUUAAGAACUAAUAAUUUUAACGAAUA